GAAAAACAACGCGGAUUUUAUUAUUAUAUAUUUUUUCUUAUCGUGCUUAUAUUUAUUAUUUAUUAUUAUAGACUAUAUUCUACAUACUAUUGAUUUUAAUUACUAUUGUAACUGUGUACGGUAUUAAAUUUAUUUAUUGUGACGUUUUCUUUAUAGUGACUAAUUAAAGUGAUUCAUUUGUUUGAUAAAAAUAAAACAUGAAGCUUGAGGGAUUAUUCACGUUGCUCUUGACUAUUGGACUGUCACAAAGUAUUGCAGGCCAAUGUUUAACUGGCAAUGACAAUCCGGCAAUAAGCAAUCAGAAUGCAAACAAAUUGCUGAUAAAUGGAAAACUUAAUUUCACACUGGAGGCUUUGAAACAAGCGGCAUUAUUAGAAUCUAAAGAUAACCUUUUCUUCAGUCCUCAUAGUCUACACGAAGCGCUUGUUCUUGCAUACUUCGGUGCACGUGGUACUACAGAGGAAUCACUAAAAAAGGCAUUGAGAAUUCCUGACUCAUUAUCUAAAGUUGACGUCCAAAGAUCUUAUGCUUUAGAAAAAUCUCUUAAAGAAUUUGCUGCUCUAUCGGGAAAUGUAUCAACAAAUUACGAAUUCAAAACAGCAAAUCGUUUAUGGAUAAGUGAUAGUAAAAAAAUCCGUGAUUGUAUGCUGAGUCUCUUUCAAGACGAAUUAGAAAAAGUCGACUUCCGUUCGAAUCCCGGUGAAGUUCGUAACCGCAUAAAUGGGUGGGUCAGCAACAUCACUAAGGGACAUAUUCAGGAUCUUUUAUCACCGGAUGCCAUUGACGAGACAACGGAUCUUGUCCUGACAAACGCGGUCUAUUUCAAAGGCUUAUGGGGACGUCGUUUUGAUGCCGCGAAUAAUAAAAAAGAUAUUUUCUAUGGAUCGAAAAAUUCAAUAGUCACUUACAUGAAACAAAAAUCGACUUUUAAUUACAUGGUAUCUGAAGAAUUGGGUGCUCACGUUAUUGAAUUGCCGUACAAAGGCGAUGAAAUAUCGAUGUACAUUUUUUUGCCUCCAUUUGUAACAACUAAAGCCCGUCGUGGGUUCAGACAAGUACCUGGUGAAACUGUUGGAAUAAAUAGAGACGGUAUUCAACAGCUUAUAGAAAGAAUGACCAGCACUGAUCGUGGUAUAGAAGAGUUACAUGAAAUUUUGGACCGUGGAAUGCUUGAACGUGAAGUUGAAUUGUCAUUGCCACGAUUCAGUGUCGAAAAAGAAUUACCUGUGUCAUCAUUGCUGCGUUCUUUGGGUGCUGAAGAACUCAUGGAACCGGGGAGAGCUGAUCUACGUGGAUUUUUGGAAAAUACUCAAGACAAUUUACAUCUUGGCGAUGCUGUACAUCGGGCUAAAAUAGAAGUUAAUGAAGAAGGUACUACUGCUGCUGGUGCUACAGCAAUAUUCACUUUCCGUUCAAGUAGACCAACUGAACCAGCGAUUUUUAACGCCAAUCAUCCCUUCGUCUACCUCAUUUAUGAAAAACCUAGUCAGUCAAUUAUAUUCACUGGCAUUUAUCGCACGCCUACGUCACCUGCUGAAACAACAAAUUAAAUAAUUAAAAUUCAAGAAAAUAAAAUUAUUUUAUUAAUUAAAAAUUAACAAUCGACUUUUAGAAUUUAAAUAAAUAAUAAUAUUAAUUAUUUUUAUAACUAAAUAUGAUUAAAAUUAAAUGCCAGUACGGAAGAAAAAAAAUAAUCAAGUUUAAGACUUGUUAUUUAUUUAAAAAAAAAAAAAGGACUUGAUUAUUUUACUUAAAAAAAAUAAUAAAUUUUAUUUAUUCAUUGAAUAAAUAGUUAAAAUUAAAUGAUAAUGUUAUUUAACUUAACUACUGUUUCUACUUAUGUUUUGUAUAAAUAAUUGAUUAAUUUAUAAUUAAUCGAUCUAUUGGAAUACGAUUAUUCUACAUGUAUGACGCACUAAACGACUUUGUCGUUUAUAGAUUUAUUUAUAAGAUAUCUCACACUACUUAAUAAUAAAAAAUACAAUAUUUAUUUUUUAA